AAGAUUCCUUUUAUUUCAGACUCCCAGAGAACUUCAUCCUUGAAAAUAACAGAUACAGGAUUUGCUGGGACCACAGACAUUUCCAGUCAGCAAACACAUUCACUUUCAGAGACUCCAUUUGUGACGCCACCUAAUGGGAUUUCAGCUUCAUCUCCCACUUCUGGGAGGACACAGACUCCAGCUACCUCGACCUCAAGUAGCACAGUCCACGUUUCAGAAACAGCUGCCAGUCUUGGGAAAACAGCCCUUCCUGCACAAGCUCUGACAAUUACCACACUUUUGUCUCCUGAAAAAGAGAGCAUGCAUGCCCUCUCAGUAGCUACUCCCAGGACUGAGAAGAUGACAGCAAGCACCGCCUCUGGGACUCACCCUGCCUCACACCCACAGGAAACUUCACCUGUGGAUACGGUAUCUUCCAGAACAACCAGGAUAUCGGAUCCUGUAAACAUGACUCUUUCACACUCGCCUUCACCUAGGACUCAACCUGCGGGGUCUUCAGUUGCCUCCUCCAUUUCUGAAAGCACGCAGACUCCUCUGAGUCCCUGUCUUUCCACAGCUCGACUGUCUAGUACCGGUUUUCCAGCUCCCUCUCCCGACAGGAUCACCAUAGCCCUUUCUACGCCAAGCAUACCUAUGGCGCUUCUCGGGCAAAUGUCUGUGGCAACGUCCAUUCCUAUCUCCCAGAUGGCCUCGUGGCCAGUUAGUGUCACUGCCUUCACCUCCCCAAGAAUUUCUGGCACUCCCACGGUACUAAUGACUACAUCUUCUAAAACAGCCCCAGGAUGUCUGCAAAGUCCCUCUGUCGCCACAUCUGGGCCUGUUUCUGAGAUGUCCUCAGUGUCAGUUAAGGACUCUGCUUUCCCACCUCCAGCUGUCUCUUCUCACGCCUCCACAGCAGGUGGCUCGUUCCAUACUCUGUUGUCUCCAAUGACCUCAGCCUGCUAUGACCGUACACACAUUGCGACAUGGGAUGCCACACCUGUGACAUAUCCUGGGCCUACUUCCAAAAGCGUAGUGGCUUCCUCUGCUUUCACUACUUCAGAAAUAACAGAGGUCUCCUCCGGGAUCACACCUACAUCCUUUUCCUCCCCAGAAGAGCCAACGUCCCCCUCUGUGAAAACCGUGCCAACCACUAUUACCGCUGGGAUCGCGACUCCUUUCACAGGCACCCCUCCCUCUUUUCCAUUCGGUUCUAAGGACACUGAAGCUAUUUCUUCCAUUCCAAAGACCAAGUCUUCACCUUUUCUAUCAACAACCCAACAACCAUCACAAGGGUACGAGGCCACCAUUUUGGGCAUAUUCACUGAGAUUACUAACAGCUCUCUGUCUACUGUAAGUGGUGGUAAAGUAACAGCUACAAAUACUUACUUCAGAACCACUGCUCCUGAAAGUGUGCUUUCAUCUACUCCUUCAGAAAACCUCCAUACUUCCUUGAGUAUUCAGGUUUCGCCAUCUUCGACUAGCCUUAAGAGCACUCCCAGACAAAAAAGUGUAAAAGCUACGACUUACUUUUCUUCGAAUACAGAAAAGAGGACUUCCUUGUCAGAAGAUACUAACAGCCAAACUAAUAAAAGGCAUCACGCCUGGGAAUCAGCUGUUUCAUACCCUCCAUGAAGGCCAUCCAGGGCAACCCUACUCUCUUUGACCACAUUUAUUUCUUCACCUCAUAGUACUGAAGCCAAGGUCUCUGCUCCAAAGAUUUCUCUUCCUCCUACAUCCCAAAUUGUUGAAUUUCCAGUUCUGGGAAUAAGAACUACAUCUAGUAACACCCAGACUCUGCUUAUGACUUCCUGGAACACACCCACAGUUGAAGAUUCUCAAUUUCCAACUUCUACCGCUGCUCAUGUAACUACACUCAAUGAGACGGAAACAGAGAGUCCUCACCUUGCUCCAGAGUCUUCGUCAACACUCACAGCCUCUCAAACUGGUCUUGUAUCUGGAGACAUUAUGGCAACAUCAUCGAUGUCCACAAUAGGAAUUCUUCCUACCAUGGGGAUGUCUGCGAGCCCUUCAUCAGUAUCUUCACCAUCUAUCCCUACUAUUUUGGCCGACGUUAAGCACACCUUUUUUUUUUUAGACAAAUCUGUAACUCCUGGGACCACACAGCCAUCAAAUCCUUCUGGUGCUGCUUUAGGAACUAUCAUUUCAAAGGCUACUACUUCACCCAUGCUGACUUGGAUCUUAUCUAGUGUUCCUUCAGGUUCCCCUCUGGCAUCUGUAUCUGAUACUCCUCACAUUAUAACCUCCUUUCCAGGAAAGGUGUCAAAAUCCACAUUUCUGACUGACAAAAAAGUGUAAAAGCUACGACUUACUCACCAACUCACUAAGCUGACACUACCCUUUGCUGGUGUAAGUGCCACACUCACCCAAACCACCCCUACACCUACAGUGGGCAAUGUCACUACUGGCUUCCCAACUUCUUUCCCUAUGUCUAAAACCACAGAUGACAGUACCUACAUUUCCACCCCUGGAUCCUUCUCCAGAAUCACUGUGACCAUCAACUCCAAGACAGUGUCUUAAGCUCCAUCCUUUAGCUGAAUGAGUAAACAACAUCCUACAAUUGACCACACCCUAUCUAUUGGUUCCAGGCUUCCUCCUAGCCCUACAACAACAUCUACAUGGAGAAGAACCCUUGCUGCAUCAACACCCCCUACUUUAGCUGUUUCUAAGCCGACACAGGACUCCCUUCUAAAUAUAGCCACCACCACAUCCACUGCUCCUGGAGCCCCAUUUCCACUCAAAUCCGCUGGAGUAACACAUCCUUUUACAGCAUCUGUAUCUUCACUACCCUGUUCCUCUUUUGAGACAACUUGGCUAGACUCUACACCUUCCUUUUUAGCUAUGGAAACUUCAACGCCCUCUAAUGCCAUUAAAUCUACAGUUUCUUGUGACAAUAUUGAAAUGAGCUUCUCUGUCUUUGAUGAAGAGCCAAGGAUCCCUAUUACCAGUGUUGUAAAGAAAUUUGCAAAAAUUGGGUAAAAUAAGUUGAAUUCUCUAUUUCAGGAAAGUGGAUUUGCUCUUGCUAAUCUGGCUAUUCAAAUUCGAAGCAGAGAAACUACUGAGGAAGAGAUAAUAAUGGACCAAAGUUACCUGGAACAGAGACAAGAGCAAGAAAUGGCUACAAUUUCCCAUGUACCAUGCAGCUGUGUUUGUCAGGUCAUCAUAAAGACCAACUCUUCUUUAGCACCCAUUGAGCUGAUUAUCAGGAUCAAAAGUAAAACACAUGGCAUCACGCAUGCAGACGUCACACAAGAUCAACUGAUAUUUUUAGUAAAGUCUGAACACAUUGCAGUGAAAAAACUAGAUCCCGGAAAGUGCAAAGCUGCAGAAACAGCCUCUCAAUACAAAGGGACAUAUAAGUGGCUCUUAACCAACCCUACCGAGGCAGCAACUAGAUGCAUAAAAAAUGAGGAUGGAAACGCUGCUAGAAUCUCUUAUCUCCUUAACAAUACCAAUACUGGCAAAUGUCACUGGGAAAAACCGAUUUGCAAAUUGCUUCAAGGACUCCCGAAUAAGAUUUUGGAUCUUGCUAACAUCACAAUAAGUGACAAGAAUGCGAAUGAUGUUGCAGAACACAUUUUAAAUUUAAUAAAUGAAUCCCCUCUUCUGGAUGAAGAAAACAAGAUUAUUGUUUCCAAAGUAUCCAAUAUUUCACAAAAUGAUGGAAUAAGUAUGGAACUAACCCAGACUAUAUUGCAAAUAAUCAAUGUUGCUUUGGGAAAGCAAAAUAAUUCAGUAUCUGAUCUGCAUGAAAUGAGCUAUGAAAUUCUGAGGAUAAUCGAGCAUGCUGGUCACAAGAUGGAGUUUUCUAGGACAGCAAAUCUGACAGUAGCCAGGUUGGCUUUGGCUGUCCUGCGGGUGGACCACACAUCUGAAGGCAUGGCCUUCAGGACCGGCACCUACGAAGAAGGCACAAAACCCAAGAUUUUCCCAGGUGACGUCCUUCUGGGGGGCGGGUUGGCCUCCAUAUAUUUACUUAAAUCUCUGAGAGAGACAAUUCCUCUUCGCAACUCACAUACCAUCUUGUUUAAUUAAUUCAUUCAUUUUUUUGGCCCGACUUCAUUCUUUUAGACAAAAAAUGUCGCUAAAGCAUUGACCACAUAUGUUGUGAGUGCCAGCAUUUCGGAUACGUCCCUUCAAGACUUGGCAGACCUAGUGGUCAUUUAUUACCCUGUAGCAGAGGAGUAUUGUAAUGGGGGACUGCUGGAAACAAUGCUGUAG